GUCCGCAUACCUCCUCAAGCCACGGUGUUUCGGUGUAUUUGUGUCAGCCGUGGUGACCCACCGCUUGCGAAACGACAUGGCCUAGGCCGUAGAGAUCGUAGAUGCCAUAUUCGUGGCUGGGUUGGCCACACAAGUAAGGGUAUUGCUCGAUCAAGUGAAAUUGGACCUUCAACAACAUGUACCCGUGGAGAUCUUCCAGUUUGCCGCGGUGGUGGGCAAUACGAAACUCGGCGCCCCACCUCAAUCCUCUCCGUCUUGGAAACUUGCCUCAUUUCAGGCGAAGUGUGCUGGCUCACGUACAUGCUCAGCGACGUUCUCAUUGUGUGGACCAAGCAGUACAUGAGAUAGCAAGCCGGCCGAAGCUCCGUCCUCCUGUGGCUCCUCGCAUCCGGGUUCCAACUCGCGGUCCCGCACGACGCUUCAGCGGCAAUGCCACACCCUGGACUUUGACGGGCAGGUCGUGUGUUCGUCCGGAGUGGUUGCGAUCGGAAACAGCGCCCGAUUCGUCCAGCUCUUUACCUGUCGCUGGGCUGCACGGUCAUGUGCUACGUCAUUGAGCGACUGCGCCGACCGCAUCUCCCCGCCAAGGUGACGCUGUUCCUGCUGCUGUACUCGCUUUCGGCCUACAGUUUCCGUUUGAACGGUGGACGGAUUCUGAUGGACAUGUAGACUUGGACGCCGCCAGUGCGUUCUUGAACGGUCUCUUGUGAUGGUGCCGUUCCUGGGCUCAUGGCUGUACAGUACGUCCUGGGCAUCAAAACGUGGCGAAUGUUCUGUGUUCCUAUGGCCCAACACCUCCGCUUUAAUGAGCCCUCGUACUCACUCGAGAGCCUGGCCUAAGCCUAAACCCAUACCCAAGCCCUGUAGCCGAAACCCCAAAAC